AUGGGCUGGCUUUGCCUUCCUGUAGGCGGCCUGGUGAUGCCUAUUAAGAUCCUCCUCUUCUAUGUCAUCUUCUACGGUUGCCUGGCAGGUAUAUUCAUUGGGACCAUCCAAGUGAUGUUGCUCACUGUCAGUGAAUUUGAGCCCAAAUACCAGGAUCGAGUGGCACCUCCAGGACUGACUCAAGUCCCCCAGGUACAAAAGACAGAAAUUUCCUUUUCUGCUGCUGAUCCCAAAAGUUACGAGCUUUAUGUGAAGAACCUUGAGAAGUUCUUAAAGGACUACAACCCUGAGCAGCAAACUGAAAACAUUGUAUUUCAGGACUGUGGGGAAAUACCUGCCGAUUACAAAGACAGAGGACCAUAUAGUGAUGCCCAGGGCCAGAAGAAGGUCUGCAAAUUCAAACGUGAAUGGCUGGAAAACUGUUCUGGAAUAAAUGAUCCCACCUUCGGGUACAAAGAUGGCAAACCAUGCAUCCUGGUCAAGCUCAACAGAAUUAUUGGCUUCAAGCCUAAGGCUCCAGUAAAUGAGAGCCUCCCAGCAGAGGUCAUGGCAAAAUACAGCCCGUAUCUCAUCCCUGUCCACUGCGUUGCCAAGAGAGAGGAAGAUGAAGACAAAGUAGGCACAGUGGAGUACUAUGGGAUGGGUGGCUACCCUGGCUUUGGCCUGCAGUACUACCCCUACUACGGGAAGCUCCUGCAGCCGCGGUACCUGCAGCCCCUGGUGGCAGUGCAGUUCACCAACCUGACCUACAACACGGAGGUGCGUGUGGAAUGCAGGGCCUACGGGCAGAACAUCGAGUACAGCGACAAAGACCGCUUCCAGGGACGCUUUGAUAUUAAAUUUGACAUAAAAAGCAGCUGAUUGUGAGCACAACUCUCUUACCCCCCUCCCCUCCUCCUCCUCUUCCUCCUAGCCAUGAAAAAAGGUUAAAAAAAAAAAAGAACAAAAAUUAAAACCUACUAGUCUUGAACAAACUGUCAUACGUAUGGGACCUACACGUAAUCUAUAUGCUUUACACUAGCUUCCUGCAUUUACUAGGUUAGAAUGUAAACAAAAGUGUAGCAAUAGCGACAAAUAUUUAUUCUACUGUAAAUGACAAAAGAAGACAAAAAUUGAGCCUUGGGACAUGCCCAUUUUUACUGUAAAUUAUGAUUCCAUAACUGACUUGUAGUAAGCAGUGUUUCUGGCCCCUAAGUAUUGCUGCCUUGUGUAUUUUAUUUAGUGUACAGUACUAUAGGUGCAUACUCUGGUCAUUUUUCAAGCCAUGUAUUGUAUCUGUUUUCUACUUCUUGUGAGCAAAGACUUUUGCUGUCCAAGGUGUAAAUACUCCAUGGGACUAGAACUGGCAUGAUACUUCUCAUUAUGUUGUUCCUUUUCAAAGAAAGGCCCACCUGUGAGACUCUUUAUUUAACAGCACUCCAUACGGCCUCUGAUUUUCUGUGGUGUUAGGGUAUUUUAUUUGGAGGGGUGGCAGGGGAAACUAACUUAAGUUCAAGAGAAUAGAUGAUUGUGUACUGUGCUUUGUAGCGAAUGCUGUCCCUCUCUCCACCUUUUCCCUCAUCCUCCAGUAUGUUGUGUGAGAGACUGGGUCAGACUAUCACUCUACUCAGUGAUAGGUGUAACUCUUUGCUUUGUAUAUUUUUUCUUUUCCUUUUUCUUUUUCUUUUUCUUUUUUCUUUUUUUCCUGCUGGAGGCAUCGCACACUGUGGGCUAAUGUCUUUUAUUGAAUGUUUUUAACCAUUUUCAUGGUGGAAGAAUUUUAUAUUUAUGCAGUUGUACAAUUUUAUUUUUUCUGCAAGAAAGUGUAAUGUAUGAAAAUAAACCAAAGUCACAUGUUUGAAAAUAAAUCUUUAUUUUAAACUUUAUAAAAGCAAUGCAGUACCCCAUAGAAUGGUGUUAAAUGUUGUCUAAAGUGCAAAACUCUAUGUUCUAACAUGUAAUAAUAGCCAGGAGUACAGUGCUCUUGUUGAUCUUGUAUUUCAGUCAGGUUGAAACAUUGGACAAAUAAAUGAAUGAACACAC